AUGGAGAUUGAAAAUUCUACUUCCAUUUCCAACGACUUACAACAACGAUAUUCUCAUUGGAAAAAAAAUACUAAAUUACUAUAUGAUUAUUUAAAUACAAAUUCUAACAAAUGGCCAUCGUUAACGUGCCAAUUCUUCCCUGAUAUUGAUAAAUCCAAUGACACACAUCGUUUGUUAUUGUCUACUUUUACCUCAUCACAAAUACCUGAUGAUGAAAGUAUUUAUAUUUCUCAUAUCUCUACAUUAAACCAUUUAGAUUGGUCAUCGUUAAAUAAUUUUGAUAUGGAUGAAAUGGAAUUCAAACCUGAUAAUCGAAUCAAAUUCCCAUCCAAGAAUUUAAUAACUGAUAUAAGUAUUACAUUUCCUGAAGGAGAUUGUAAUAAAGCUCGAUAUAUGCCUCAAAAUCCCGAUAUCAUUGGUUGUGCAUCAUCUAACGGGUGUAUAUAUAUAUUUGAUCGGACCAAGAGAGGUUCUAAAUUAUCCACUACUACAUCAGCAAGAUUUAGCAGUGGCAGUAAAGCUUAUGAGGCUAAAUUGGCAAAACAACGCAAAUUUGUUAUAGAAGAUGGGACAAAAAACGAUGAAUUCGAAUGUCUAUCAAUAGCAUGGAAUCCACAGCAAGAGGGUCAAUUAUUAUCAUGUGAAAGCAAUGGUAAUAUUCAUCUUUGGGAUUUUCAAAAAGAAUUUUCUAGUAAGAAUAGAGAGAUCAAUAAUACAAUUUGGGAUACAAAUUUUGAUGAUCUCGGAUGUAAUGAAGUAACAUGGAUGAAUGGACAUAAUUCUAUCUUUGCCACUUGUGGUGAAAAUAAUAAGAUGGCUGUAUUUGAUACUAGGAAAGAGGGUAUUGUUAAUAGUAUUGAACAAGGGAAUCACAAUGGUGGUAUAAAUUCGUGCAAAUUCAAUUAUGAAAAUGCGAUGCUAUUAGCUUCGGGGGACUCUAAUGGUAUAAUUAAUCUUUGGGAUAUUCGAAAGCUAAAUAAACCUAUAAGGAAUUUAUAUCAUGGAUCAUCUAUUUCUACUAUUGAAUGGAGUCCGUUAAUGAAUGAAAUGAUCGCUUCAGGUGGACAAGAAGAUGGAUUAGUCAAAUUAUGGGAUAUUAGCAAUGAAGAAGAACCUAUAUUUAUCCAUGGGGGACAUAUGUUGGGCAUUAAUGAUUUAUCUUGGGAUUUGCAUGAUCCAUGGUUAUUAUGUAGUGUUGGUAGUGAUAAUUCUAUACAAAUUUGGAAACCUGCCAAACAUUUAGUAGAGACUAAAUUGUAA